GCUGCUGCUGCUGCUGCUGCCAACUCAGCAGACGUCAGUCUGCAGCAGGAAGACACAUUCAAGCGUCUCUCUGCCCAGGAUGAGGCGCUGCAGCAGCCACAUGAACAGCAGCAGCAGGAGCAGCAGCAGGAGAACGAGCAGCAGCAGCAGCAGCAGCAGCAGCAGCAGCUGACGGAGCCGCAGCAGCUGCAGCAGCAGCUGCAGCAGGAAGAGCAGUCUCUGUUGCCGCUGCAGCAGGAAGAAGCGCCUGAGGAUGAAGGAGGUGCGCUGCUGCUGCGGAGUGCUGCUGCUUUUCAGCAGCACUGGCAGCAGCAGCUGCAGCAACUGCAGCAGCAACUGCACAAUAUGGGUAAGGAGCAGCAGCAGCAGCAGCAAGUAAUAGAGCUAGAGAAUCGCUCCGAAGCAGCUAUAAGAAAGGCUGUGCUGCUGCUGCAGCAGCAGCGGGACAGUCGGCAGCAGGAGCUGCAGCAGCAGCAGCAGCAGCAGCAACAAGCGCAGCAGGAGCACGAUGAAUCAGAGAAUCGGUUUGUAUCAAUUCAGUCAGAAGCAGCAGCAGCAGCAGGAGGAGCGGAGAUGCUGCAGCGGCGGCUGCAGCAGACGCACGUGAAGAAGCAGCAGCUGCAGCAGCAGCAGCAGCAGAAGCACUCGCUGCUCUUCUCCCUCAGCAAGACAGAGUAUAAGGCAAGGCAGCUGCAGCAGCUGCUGCAGCAGCUCAAGCAGCAGCAUCAACAAGAGAUAGACAGAUUAAGAGAGGAGGAGCUGCUGCUCUCUCUUGCUACACGCUUUAGAGUAAGCAAAAUUAGCAGCAGCAGCAUCACGGGUCUGACUGUCCCUGAUCAGCGCCCUGCUGCUGCUGCUGCUGCAGCAGCAGCAGACGGAAGGACGGGCAUGGGUGCUGCUGCUGCUGCUGCAGCAGCAGACAGCGGCCUCCUCGCUGCAGAAGCAGAAGGCGCUUCAAUCGUGCAGGUAGAGCUGCCACAGCACCUGCAGCAGCAGCAGCAGCAAAGUGGUGCUGCUGCUGCAGCAGCAGCAGCAGCAGAACAGUCGGAAUCAGCAGAGCUGCUGUGGCAGCAGCUGCUGCAGCAAUCUCAAGCCAGCGAUCGUCAUGCUGCAUUUGUGCUGCAGCGAAUUCGGGAGGUUUGCCUCCCCUAA